AUGACUGAUGAGCUUUGUGAGGAUGAAGUAUCCAAACAUUCACAGAAAGUUUUGUUCAUGAUGUCAACGUUAGAAAUAAUUGACAGAGUCAUAAUGGAGCUGAUUACCCAGUUUACUGCACUGGAGAACACUAGUGCAAAAUUUAGUUUUCUGUGUGGUUUCCAAAUUCAAGAAAUGGAAGUGGAGGGCUUAAAGGCCAAAGCAGCAGAACUGUCUGAUACCUACACAGAAGAUCUAAACAAGGAAGAAUUUAUUUUUGAAAUUGAAAGUUUCAAACACCACGCCCUGGUAAUAGAAAGAGACUUGCAAAAUGGCACUGCAUCAUCCACAUUAAGUUUGAUUUAUAAAAAUAAAUUGGUAGAGGGGUAUCCCAACAUUACUACAGACUUAAGAAUAUUCCUUCCCAUAUCGGUUUCUGUUUCCACUAGAGAAAGAAGUUUCAGCAAGCUGGAACUAAUAAAAAAUCAUUUGAGGAGCAUGAUUGCACAACAAAGAUUAACAAAUCUCAGAAUAAUCUCCAUAGAGCACAAAUGA